AUGCUGGAGGUGAUCCUCAACGCUCUGGUUCUCAUUUGCAUUGUCUCCUCCUAUUUUGUCCUUUCUGGGUUCAGUUCUGGACUGACCAGUGGUGGGUUCGGAAGUGGUUACUAUCCGUUUGAAGGGCAAGAGCUCCAGCAAGUCCGAGAGUUGGACCAACAGUUCACAUUACUACGAGCUCCCCUUUUAUACGGGGGGUUGACUCUAUGUGUGGUGAUGGGGGCUCUUACGCUGGGGGUCCUGGCCGCAGGAUCGAAGCACCUGCUGAGUCUGUCCUGGACAUGGCUCCUGGCUGAGGCUUCCUUCUGUUUGCUGGCCUCGUUGGGUUACGGAGCUGCAAUUGGGGUAUUUCUUCACUUUGCCCUUCAGAUCAAUGCCACCGAUGUGUGCACGAGGCGAGAGAGGUUGUAUGCCAGGAAUGGCCUAAACUGGAUGAACUGUGACCUUGCUGGGACAGAUGGAGGAGCUGCAGCUUUUGGCAUUUUGCUGGUAUUGUUAUAUGGAGCAAGUGUCAUUUUAACAUUCCGUGCGUACAGGGAAAAGAAAUUUUACACAAACCAUGAUAGCAACCACUAA